CAGAGUGGAGGAUGAAAGAGUGCAUUAGAUUUAGGAGAGAGCCAGCGGCAGCAACGUGACAACACCUGUGCUGCUGCUUUGGGGAUGAUAUAGGAUACUGUACACAGCCUCACCAAACCUCAUGGCUUCUAUGGUUCUUCUGCACAGAGAGAAUACCUUGCAGACUUAUUUACAGAACCCCUAAUUCAUCUCCAGAUACUGGUCCCAUACCCUCCCUAAAUCUACUUCCCUCAGCCUGCAGUUCAGUAAGAGCACCCUCUCGGGAAUACCCACAGUGCUCUUCCAAUUUGAUUGGAACAGCACCAACAAUGUUUCAGCUCUGGAGCAAUGAUGUGGCUCCUAACACAGGAAUGGGUUCUCAUGUUGUGACCUUUGGCGUUCCUAAAGUGCAAUAUGCUGGUCAUAUGCAGGCAGUAGGAUCUCAUGAGCUGCCACUGACUCCUCCAGCUGAUCCUACUGUUUAUUCCUUUGAUUUGUCUCCCGUCAAGAUGUUGACUCCACAAGUUCCAACCAACACUAUGUAUCAUUUCCAAGAGCCAAAUUCAAUGACUCAAGACUUCUCAGGUUUUAUGCAAGCCCCACAGACACACAUGCCCCCUGCACACAUGGAUGACCAGACUUGGUGGAGUUUGCAACAGACAAGCCCCAAUAACCUUCAUUCAUUCCAUUUAACAAACUCUUUGGUAGUAGGGCCACAACCUCAACUUGCAGCACUUCUCCAGAGCUCCUCUAAAACAUUACUAAGCUCAACCAGGCGCUGCAGGAGGUGCAAAUGCCCUAAUUGCCAAGCCUCUCCAAGCAGUGAGGAACCAGGGAAGAAGAAGCUUCAUAUCUGCCAUCUGCCAGGUUGUGGCAAAGUAUAUGGAAAGACCUCCCAUCUCAAAGCCCAUUUGCGUUGGCAUGCUGGUGAAAGACCUUUUGUCUGUAAUUGGGUCUUCUGUGGCAAGAGCUUCACCAGAUCGGAUGAGCUGCAGAGGCAUCUUAGGACUCACACGGGAGAAAAGCGCUUUGGAUGCCAAGAGUGUGGAAAGAGAUUUAUGAGGAGCGACCACCUUUCUAAGCAUGCAAAAACCCAUCAAAACAAAAAGGGAAAGUGUGCAAGCCCUACCAUGGAUGACAUUAAAAAAGAGUGAAUGGAUUUAAUUAGGCCUGCCUGUUAAUAAGGGACAAAUAUUUUUUUUUACUUUCAAUUUAAGAUAUAUAUGUGUGUUAAUGAUAUUUGUCAUCUUGCAAAAGAAAUCUAUAGUUCUAUAUAAAAUGAGACUUGAGUUGUGACCAAAGUUGCCUACAGAAAUAAAAUGUAAAAAUGAACAUAUGAAGAAAAAAAAAUGUAUAUUUAUGAACUGAAAGAUCUGAGAUGUGAAAUGAUUUGUUAUCAAUCCUAAAGCAAACCUGGAAAUAUUUUCUGCCUUUCCUUUUCUAGUAAAGGUGUUGCAUUUCGUUUAAGGUCUUGUCAUAAACAUUUCUUCUCGUAGAUGUGUGGAUCAACAUAUUUUUAGGACGGGGUCUAAACUUGCUUGAGUGUAUGCAUGUAAAAGUCUGUGCAUAAUGCCAGCUUGUAACAAAUAAAGACCUGGAGCUGGUUCAUUGCUGCAUCAGGUUCUAUCUUUGAACCCUCUGGCUUCAGCCCUCUGUAUUAUUCCUCUAGAGAAGAGCACAUUGUAAGGCCAAGCUAAAGGACUUGGGCACAUUCUCAGACUGUCACUGGAAGUACAGGACAUUUAAAAAUGGAAAACAACAUUUAAUGUUUUCUUUCCAUAUAAAAUACUAUUUCUUUAAUAUGUUUUUACUAGUUUGUAACUAAAAUGUCACUGUAAUGUGAAGGUGAAAAUAAACAUUCUCUUCCCUGGUACCUUCCACUUCUUAUGUUGUUGCUAAUUGUCUGUUGGGUUG